GAGCUAAUGAAGCUAACUGCUGUUUGUUUCUGAGUGGCUCUCGAUUUGUAUCCGGCUGUUAAACUCUGUCUGCUCCUCUUCCUCCUUCUUGCUGCUUUAUGUCGAAGAGAAGAAGAAGAAGAAGAUGAAAUUCUCCAUGUGAAGUUUCUUACCUGUCUGUCUGUUCGGAGCUGUUAGCCGCUGCUAGCCGCAGCUCCUUGAUCACACGCUUCCGGUAACGGUCACCUGCAGAAACACACCGGGACUCACCGAGCUCACACCGGCCGACAGACCGACCCCUGCCCGUCUCCAGGACACCGACCCGCGCCGCCUGCCUCUCUGCCGCUCACCAAACCCGAUCAAUCGAUACCGGGAUCGAUCGCCACCGAUGUCCGCCGCGGUGGAUCAGAACCGGCGCGUGGCCUGCGGCGGGAUCAGAGGCACCGGAUCAGCGAGUGAUGACAUCAGCGUGUGAAAGUCCCGAUCCUCCGCGCGUGAGCUGAUCGAUCAUUUACCAGGUGUUCCAGAGCUCCCAGUCCUGUCCAGGAUGCUCCCGGCCUCGAUCCAGAUCACAGGGGAGCUGCUGUCGGCGGCCGAGGUUCAGGACAUCUGUGAGAGUCUGAAGGAGGACAGUGUCCGCCUGCUGUCAGUACGCGGCUGUCAGCUCUCCGACCGUGACUUCGGACGCGUCUGCCGCAGCGUGGCAGAGUCGCGCUCACUCGCUCAGCUCAACCUCAACCUGGGCGUCGUCUCCAGCAUCAGCCGGACACGACACCUGGCCGACGCCCUGAAGACCAACCGGUCCCUGCAGACCCUGUUUCUCCAUGGCAGCCCGCUAUUAGAUGCCGGCCUGGUGACAUUGAACUCCGCCCUGUCAACCCACCCAGCGCUGGUCUGCCUGGAUCUUGGAGACUGCAUGCUGGGAGACGAGGCGCUGGGUCUGAUCUGUGGGAUGCUGCCACCCGAUGGAGCAAAGUCAGGUCUGAGGGAGCUCACUCUGAGCGCUAACCCGGCAAUCAGCUCCAAAGGCUGGGCCCGACUGGCCAUCGCUGUGGCUCACAGCUCCCAGCUCCGAGUGCUCAACCUGGACUACAACCCGCUGGGUGAUCGAAUCGCAGGGAUGCUGGCAGUCGCCGUGGCGUCCAGCAGAACCCUGGAGGUGCUGGACCUGGAAGGAACCGGACUGACCAACCAAUCAGCACAGGUGUUCUUGGACAUGGUGGAGAACUACCCGACCAGUUUGCGGGUUCUGGUCCUGGCAGAGAACGACAUCAGUCCAGAGUUGCAGCAGCAGAUCUGUGACCUGCUGUCGGAAGGAGAGGACGACGAAGACAGAGAGGCCCCGCAACUCCAACCAGGCCCCGCCCCUAGCAGCGCCCUUCUGCCAAUCAGAGACAAGUACCAGCCCCCCACCUGGCUCCCCCACAGCAACUCCGGCCCCCAGAUGGUCUUGCUGACAUCAGGUCUAGGUGAGAGCCUAUUGGCUGAGACUGAGAUGUGACCCCUCCCACAAACACACCCACUUCCUGUUAAACUAUCUUCACUUUAUUCUUUUCGUUUGUUUGGUUUGAAUGUUCCUGGUUUCUUUCUCUGCACUGCACUUCUCUGGGUUGUCAGAUCACCUGAUAGCUAGCAGCCAAUCACAUGCUCUGCAUGGUUAGGACCUGUUCGUAUAGGCGGGUGAGUGGCGGCACAAAUCUUUACACACCAAGUGACUUUUCGACAGGUGUUUGUCCAGCAGGUGUACAGUGUGUUUCUGAUGAAUGUACGUUCUGCUCAGUCGGUUUGUUCUGCUGUU